UUAGGUUCCUUUCACAGCUGUACAGAGAGUGCCACUGUGGGACCCUCUGGCCUCAGACAUGGCACGUCUGGCCCUCAAUGUAGUCCUCGUACUCUGCUGCUCCUUGCUUCACUUUUGCUGCAGCCGUCCAUCCCGCACCAGGAAAGCUGUUUCAGCGCGUGGAGUGGAGGAAGAUGAUGUGAAGUCCCAGCUGGAGAGGUUGUGGCAGGAGGUGAAUUCGCUGAAGGAAAUGCAGGCGUUGCAGACAGUCUGUCUCAGAGGCAUCAAAGCUCACAAAAAGUGCUAUCUCACAAUCGAGGAGCCCAAGCAUUACCAUGAAGCCAAUGAGGACUGCAUCGCUCAGGGCGGGACUCUGGCCACGCCGCGGGACGCCACGGAGAACAACGAGCUGAGGGACUAUGCCAGGAGGAGCGCCCCGGGCUCCAGGGACUUCUGGAUCGGCGUGGCGGACAUCGUGAAGGAGGGCCAGUACGUGGACGUCAACAGCAUGCCGGUCAGCUACUUCAACUGGGACCGCUCCAGGAAGCAGCCCACCGGGACGAAGAGGGAGAGCUGCGUGGCUCUGUCCGUGGCCGCGCAGGGGAGGUGGGCCGACGAGGUGUGCCGCAGCCUCAAGAAGUACAUCUGUGAAUACAUCAUCCCCUGAAGAGGUCCUGCUCAUCGGCACUCAAGCGGGUUUAACUGAUCGGGACUGGACAGAACAAGAAAAGCUUUGUCUGCUAUAGGAAAUAAUAAGUUAUUUGACUUUCACAUCCUUAUAGGGCAGAUGUGUGUAAGAGCACUGGGGCCACAUGAAAAAUAAUGAGAAUAAAGAAAAGAAAAUAUUUUUCAAACUUCAAAUUUUGUCCUGUUGUUUACACGUGUUGCAUGUUGUUUAUUCUGCGUUUCACUUCCCAUAAAAAAUAUAAAUAAAA